AUGGGCGGUUGUCAGUCGUCGGUUAACGUGAAGGCCGCGGCGGCGACGACGAAGAAGAAGAGAAGCGAUGGUAAGAUUGAUCGGUCCAAGUCGAGAAGUAACAGCGCCGGUGAUUUCGCCGCCUUAAUCAACAAGCUGGAUAGUGGCGCCGAGGUGGCGGCGGCUUACUUGUCAGAGAUGCGGGAGUUUCAUCGGAUUCCAGGGCGGCUGUAUUCGAACGGCGCCAGUCGCAUCGCGAGCCUGUACACACAGCAAGGGAGGAAAGGAGUCAACCAGGAUUCGAUGCUCGUGUGGGAGAAUUUGGGGAGAACAGAUCGAAACGCAACGUUCUGCGGAGUGUUCGACGGACACGGUCCUUAUGGUCACAUGGUUGCCAGGAGAGUGCGCGAUGUUCUUCCAAUAUUGCUGCGUUUACAGUGGGAAAUCAUUCCUCAAAAUUGCCAUGGAUUGGAAGGCAAUGGCAGUGAUGAAAAUGACAACAGUGAUAAUGACGGCGAUGAGAUUGUUCCAGAUACGCAUACGGCGCUCAAGAGGUCAAUUCUGAAGGCUUCCGAGUUAAUGGAUGACGAACUCAAGUCUCAUCCCCGAAUCGAUUGCUACUGCAGCGGCACAACUGCUGUCGUUUUGGUAAUGGAGGGCCGGGAUCUGAUAACUGGAAAUGUUGGCGAUUCGCGGGCAGUAUUGGCAACACGAGACGACAACAAUGUUCUUGUUGCAUUACAGCUUACAGAGGAUUUGAAACCAGAUCUCCCAAGAGAAACCACGAGGAUACAGAAAUGCAGAGGAAGAGUAUUCGCAAUGCAAGACGAGCCCGAUGUUGUGCGCCUAUGGUUGCCAGACAGCAACUCACCGGGCCUGGCCAUGUCCAGAGCCUUUGGCGACUUCUGUCUGAAAGACUUCGGUUUGAUCGCAAUCCCGGAAGUUCGUCACCAUCGCGUAACUAAUAGAGACGAGUUUGUUAUUCUCGCCACAGACGGGGUGUGGGACGUUCUUUCGAACCAGGAAGCCGUCGACAUCGUCGCUUCCUCUUCCUGUCGCACCACCGCGUCUCGAGCUCUCGUCGAUUAUGCCACCAGAGCAUGGCGGUAUAAGUACCCGACAUCAAAGAUCGACGACUGCGCGGCCGUGUGCUUAUUCCUCGAUCAUACGACCGAAGUAUGUAAUUUUGAUCCUCCCAAUGGUACCUUACCUAAGGCGGCAAGUUCGACCAACGACUCCGGAGAGAUCGUCCCGGCUACGGAGGAAGUCGAAAAGCCAAUGCAGAGAUCUGCGAGUCGAAGCCUCGCCAACUACAUCGCUAGUGAAGACGAUGAAUGGUUAGCUCUUGACGGCGUUACGAGGUCGAAUAGUCUGAUCAGCCUCCCGCGAUUCUUGCCGGGGCUUCGAAGAUCGACCGGCCGGCGACGUCGAAAAUGACUGUGAAGGAACCAUGCAGCUGUUUUACCGGCGAAAAUCUAUUGUAGGAAUUCAUUGUCUCAGCAACUGUUCGUAUGUAAGAAAUCAUAUGCAGCUGGAUUAUAGAGUUUUCGGUUUUUAUGUUGGAAGGAUGAAUUACUUAAUAUAUGAAUCUUA